AUGACGCCAAAUACUGCACCACAAGCGGCCCACGGCCCUACAACUACUAUCACGGGCUCCUUCGUUUGUCGAUUGCACAAAUCCCCUAAGAAGCUGUCGAAUGAAACCACUGCUAAAAGGGCUAGAUCAACUAGAACAGCAUCAUCUGCCGGUCGUAAGUUGCUGACUGCUGAAGAUCCAGAAGUUCUGCGGCCCCACUGCGAAAAAUGCGGUUGUGGCGAGGCUCUUAGACCCGGGCUGGACUGCCGCUGCCACUGCCCACAAUGUUCUAGUGGCAAGCCUCGUUGCUCUUCUCCACGCAUGGCCCUGCGUCGUAAGGAAGAAGAAACUUGCGAGACAUUUGUGACGAAACUUGCCAUGACCAGAAGCCGUACAUCGGCCUGGAAAUUGCGUAAUCAUCCGGGAGCGCAGUAUCAUGAGAUGCCAAAGAUUUCACUCUUCGCUUGUGCUGCUUUUUCUAAUUGCAGCCUGCGUGGUCAGCGGGAGAGUGUAAAUGAAGCGUCCCUAGGGGCAUCAGUUACAGAUGAAGCAAAAGCAAAGAGGAAUUCGGAUGUGCGAGAAUUCAAAAAGCGUAGCGCUUCCUUCUCUGCAAAUGAAACGCGCCACUGUGACCCUACAAGCCGGCCUAAAUGGACCGUCAAGGAAGGACUGUUUACUCAGGUGCUGAAAAAGCCUGAUUCAGGAUCGUUGGAGAGCAGGUCGAGCGGUUCAAAGACAAGGGUGUCUACCAACACCUAUACAAGUGGUCGGGAGGAGAGUGGAGUCUUUGCGAAGACCAACAGUACCAGUAACACAGCACCAGGAAAUCACUGCGAAGAAGCAGGGGGGCCUGGUAAAAAAGUCCCUUCGCAUCAUCCCCCGUGCAAGAGCUGGAGAAGUAAAGCCCUCAAGCCCUAUCUUCUAUUGCGUUCUGUUAGUAGCAACAAUAAGGUUAUGAAAUACAAGCGGCCUCAUUGUUCAAUGUGUAGUCAGCUGGGUUGUCUACGGAAUAUCGAAGUAGUAUGCUACUGUAACGCUUGUCAGGAGGCUAGCGGUGCUGAAUGCACCUCCCCCAGGAUGGCAGACUUCAAAAAAUCUCACGCAGAAAACCAAAUACGCGGAGCAUUAAAUCUAACGUGUCAAGCAAGACAAAAUGCGCGGAUGUUGUACUGCGCUUCUACUGGCCAUAUGCGCUUGAGAGCAUGCUCCUAUGAUUUCCAGGGCUUAGAAUGCCUUUCCAACCUUACUACAAUCCGUUGGGACUUUACAUUAAAUCAUAUCGAAGAAGAGGCUGCAAGGUAUGCGGUCCGUGCACUCUGUCGACAGAAUGCAGGUGCGGUCGAAGUAGCGAGGUACACAGUAGUUACAUGCAAGGCGGAGGCUAUCGCUUUCGAUAAAUCAACAGUCGCUGGGGAUGCUUCCACUGCUGGGGUUUUGUAG